CUUCACCAACUUGGAUCAGGGUUGGAGAAGGAACGAUGGGUUAAGCUUCAUCCCACUAUCGGCAAGGUCCAUAGCAAGGACGUCGACGGUUAGCUUCGCCGGGGGGGGGUGGCAUCGGACAUUCCCCCCUCCCUCCAAAAACACCAACAACAGCAGCUAAAGAUCCCCGCGUUGACGUCCCCAUACCCCCCUUUUUCCUGUAAACCACCACGCACAGCGGCCCAGGGGUAAAUAUCUAAUCCUUCACCUCUGAGGUGGUUAAUGUUGAACUUUACCUAUAUUAAUUACGACUGAUUGACCGCCUCACGAUAGCUCAUAUCGCAUCAACCUCGUCAAAUCAAAUCAAACAUUAACUAGCAGCAAUUGAGCCUCCACCAUCAUGACCGCUCCAGUACUACCACUCCUUAAGGAGAGCAAAGUCGAUGUCUUGAUAAUCGGAGCUGGCCCAGCAGGGUAUAUGGCUGCCUUGUGGCUAGCCCGUUUGGGGAUCAAGACAAAGUUCAUCGAUAAGCGGUCAACCAAGAUAUUCACGGGUCAGGCGGAUGGGCUACAGCCCCGCGUUCUGGAGGUGUUUGAGACAUUUGGGUUUGUGGACCGGGCACUAAAAGAAGUAGCCGUGGGCUAUGAGGCCUGUUUUUAUGAGCCCGACGAGAACGGCCGGAUCCGACGUGUCGAUAAGCUGCCCGAAGGUGUACCGGGAAUCUCGCGGUUCAACGGCUCAGUCAUCCACCAGGGUCGAAUCGAGACUUGGCUUUCUGAUGCCAUUGACGAGUUCUCCGGCGGCGCGAUUCGUGUUCAGCGGCCACUUCUACCCGAGUCUCUCGAGAUUGACGCUGCCGAUGCAGACAGCCCAACUGCAUAUCCGGUGCGGGUGGUGCUGAAGAAGCUCGAAGACGACAAUGCCGCACCUGAGCAGUAUGGCCACAAGGUGCAGAACGGGCUUUAUCGACAGUUCGAUGGGGACCAGACAAAUCCCGCCAAAUCCGACACUGGAGAGCAUCAGGAGGUUGUACGGGCUAAAUAUGUCCUUGGCUGUGAUGGCGCCCACUCGUGGGUGCGCCAGCAGCUGGGAAUCGAGCACCGGGGCGAAACCACCGACUACGUGUGGGGGGUACUGGACAUAACCCCGGUCACGGACUUCCCGGAUAUUCGCAAACGGUGCUCAAUCCACUCACAAAAUGACGGCAGCAUCAUGUUGAUUCCGCGCGAGAAUGGCAUUGUCCGGCUGUACAUCCAGCUCCGCCAGGUGGACCAUCAUGGGGACGGUAACGGCGACGACAGUGUGCCCGCAGGGGAAAAGAAGAGCGCCCGCGUCGAUCGCAGCAAGCUGACAGCGGAGCACAUCCUCGCGACAGCGCAAAAGAUUUUCCAGCCAUAUUCUCUCGAAGUGGCCGAGAUGCAUUGGUUCACGGCCUACCAGAUCGGCCAGCGCGUGGCCACAGCUUUUCAGAAGGAUCAGCGCGUCUUCAUCGCUGGGGAUGCUUGUCACACCCACUCGCCCAAGGCCGGGCAGGGCAUGAAUGUGUCGAUGAUGGACACGUUCAACCUGGCCUGGAAGAUUGGGUACGUGGUCAAGGGUCUGGCCCGGCCAUCCAUCCUUGCCACGUAUGAGCUCGAGCGGCGUGCGGUGGCCGAGGACCUCAUCGCGUAUGAUCUGAAGCUUUCGCGUCUCUUCUCAUCCAAACCCGGCGACAUAUCGACCAAUGAUUUCCGCCGCGUGAUUGACAAGGGUUCCGCCUUCACUACCGGCUGUACGGUCAACUACGACGCGUCCCUUCUGGUGGAUAAACCCGCAGGCCAGCCACGGGAUGUCCCGUAUCACAGCGCCUUGGCGACCAAGCUGGCUAUCGGCAUGCGCCUCCCAGACGUCAGGCUUGUCAUGCAGAGCGACGCGCGGCCAUUGUUUAUCAACCAACAGUUGCCAUCCACCGGAGAAUUCCGGCUGCUGAUCUUCAUCGGCGACUACGCCCAAGUGCCGCCGUUGAAGAAGCAAAUGGACGACAUUGGCGAGUACCUAGCAAGACCCGAGAACUCUCUACAGCGAUUGCGGGCGGACUCAAUACUGCAGUUAAUGCUGAUCCAUGCCAGUCCCCAAUCCAAGGUGGAAUGGGAUGACUUCCCUCUCGUGUUUCGCCCGCGCGAUAAACGGGGCUUGAUGAACUAUUGGUUAGUCUUUGGCGAUACGCCGAGCCCCCAUGCGCAGACCGGCGAUGCAUAUGAGCAAUAUGGAAUCCAGAGGGAUGUGGGCGCUGUGGUGGUGCUGAGGCCCGAUGGAUACGUUGCGAAGGUAGCUGAACCUACUGUGAAGGGGGUGAAGGACAUUUGGGAAUGGUUGGCGGGCUUUAUAGUGGACUUGAAACCAUCCAUAUGA